AUGUCUCCGGCACUAUGUUUGUCAGUCGCCCCCACUUUGUUCCACAAGCCUCAAGACCCUUCCAAGGAUCCUCACCUCACAAAAGCCAGCCACAGCCAGAAAUCAUGCAAACAAUCUUUGUUAGAUAACAAAGUCAUCAGCAAGAGGAAGCUUUUAUCCUCAGCUGUUAUUGGGUUGGGCCCAGCAUUGGCUGGGCUUUCUGUUGCUCAAUCCACAAGAGCUGAGCCUGAGAGCCCAGCUGCUUCCACAUCAAACAGAAUCUCUUACUCAAGGUUCCUGCAAUACUUGGAUGAAGGUGCUGUGAAGAAGGUCGACCUCUUUGAAAAUGGAACAGUUGCUAUUGCAGAGAUAUACAAUGCAACAUUGGAAAAAAUGCAAAGAGUCAAAAUUCAGUUACCUGGUUUGCCUCAGGACUUGAUCAGGAAAAUGAAAGAUAAAAAUGUUGAUUUUGCUGCUUAUCCCUUGGAAGUUAGUUGGUGGCCUGCACUACUUGACUUGUUGGGAAAUUUGGCCUUUCCUUUGAUUCUGCUUGGUUCUCUACUCUUGAGGACAUCAAUUAAUAAUCCUGCUGGUGGCCCCAACUUGCCCUUUGGACUAGGAAGGAGCAAGGCAAAGUUUGAGAUGGAACCAAAUACGGGAGUGACAUUUGAGGAUGUAGCAGGAGUUGAUGAAGCCAAGCAAGAUUUCCAAGAGAUUGUUGAGUUCUUGAAGACCCCAGAGAAGUUUUCAGCCGUUGGAGCCAAAAUUCCGAAAGGGGUUCUUUUGGUAGGGCCUCCGGGGACUGGAAAGACAUUGCUGGCCAAGGCAAUUGCAGGAGAGGCUGGGGUUCCUUUCUUCUCCCUAUCUGGAUCGGAGUUCGUUGAGAUGUUUGUGGGUGUAGGGGCCUCAAGGGUGAGGGAUUUGUUCAAUAAGGCCAAGCAAAAUUCACCAUGUUUGGUGUUCAUUGAUGAGAUAGAUGCUGUAGGAAGGAAGAGAGGAACCGGUAUAGGUGGAGGAAACGAUGAAAGAGAACAAACACUGAAUCAGUUGCUCACUGAAAUGGAUGGUUUUACUGGAAACACUGGCGUUAUAGUAAUUGCUGCCACUAACAGACCUGAAAUUCUUGAUUCAGCAUUGCUUAGACCUGGCAGGUUCGAUAGGCAGGUCACUGUUGAAUUACCAGAUAUAAAAGGGAGGGAAGACAUAUUGAAAGUUCAUAGUAAAAACAAGAAGCUUGACAAGGAUGUUUCUCUUAGUGUCAUUGCCAUGAGAACUCCAGGAUUCAGUGGUGCAGACCUGGCAAACCUCAUGAAUGAAGCCGCCAUUCUUGCUGGUCGAAGAGGCAAAGAUAAGAUCACACUCAAAGAAAUUGAUCACUCCAUAGAUCGCAUUGUGGCAGGCAUGGAAGGAACCAAGAUGACUGAUGGCAGGAGCAAAAUUCUGGUGGCUUACCAUGAAAUUGGACAUGCUGUUUGCGCGACACUGACACCAGGACAUGAUCCAGUACAAAAAGUCACACUAGUUCCCAGAGGUCAAGCCCGGGGUUUAACAUGGUUCAUACCUGAUGAAGAUUCUUCUCUAGUCUCUAAGAACAAACUUUUUGCUAGAAUAGUUGGAGGCUUAGGAGGCAGAGCAGCAGAGGAAGUCAUAUUUGGUGAAACUGAGAUAACCACUGGAGCUGCUGGGGACUUGCAACAAAUUACACAAAUAGCAAGACAGAUGGUAACAGUGUUUGGCAUGUCAAAGAUAGGGCCAUGGGCAUUGAUUGAUCCUGCAGUGCAAAGUAGUGAUGUGGUGCUUAGGAUGCUGGCUAGGAACUCACUGUCAGAGAAACUAGCUGAAGACAUUGAUAACUCAGUGAGGGAGAUAAUAGAGACAGCAUAUGAAAUUGCAAAGAAUCACAUAAGGAAUAACCGUGAUGCAAUUGACAAGUUAGUAGAUGUGCUACUUGAAAAGGAAACCCUUAAUGGAGAUGAAUUUAAAGCUCUAUUAUCAGAAUUCACGGAUAUUUCUUCCAUUAAGAUAGAUAGAAUUCCUGUGAGGGAAAUGAUCGAAGCAUGAGUAUAGUUCAAGUACCCAAGAAUAUAUAUAGCUUUGUAUCAAAGUAGGAUGAGAUUAUACAUAACUAUGAGUAUAGAAGUUAGUUUUGACAGAGAAUUGUUUAC